AUGCUCAACACACUUUUCCAAGUGGCAUUUUCUUCAUCUCUCUCUCUCUCUCUCAAGAACAAGUCCCAGUGCCUGGAGCCCUUUUACGCGUACUGUUGUCUCACUCCCUUCCUCGCUAUCAAUGUUUGGAGCGCAUCUUCAGCGGUUGUGGCGAUCGAGUGUUCCCGUCUCCAAGCGUCUGCUCACAGCCUCUCGAACUGCGCACACCGGCGUCACCAGCAAGCCCUUUGCCCGCGCUACCUCGACCCACCGCUUCGGCUCUGCAGUCUUGCCUCAAUCCCGGUUGCUCACAAUGGCUGCUAACAAGGAUAACGUCGGCGCCAGCCAAGGCGACAUCUUUGGCACCACUGCCUCGGAUCAAUUUGCCCACGUCGAGGGCUCGGACCAAAACAAAUUUGGCGUGUCUGAGGAAGAGGCCAAGGCUGGUGCCUUUCGUCGCCCCCCUACGGCCUUUCACGACACCAUUGGCUCGGAAAAGUACCCGGCCGAAGCCGGUCGCUACCACCUCUACGUGGCAUGGGCUUGUCCCUGGGCCCACCGCGCCCUCUUGAUGCGCUCGCUCAAGGGCCUCGAAGACGUCAUCUCCGUCACCAUGCUUGGCUGGUUUCUGGAGUGGCCCGAUGAUGGCCGGCCCUACCGCGGCUGGCCCUUUACCAAGGAGGACCCCGAUCCUCUUCACCCAGAGUUUGAGUAUCUUCACGACGUUUACAAUUUGGCACAGCCCGGCUAUCCGUACAAGAAGCUUUCCGUGCCCGUCCUCUUUGAUAAGAAGACUCAGACCAUUGUUAACAAUGAAAGCAGCGAAAUCAUCCGCAUGUUCAACUCACAGUUCAACGAUUUGGCCAAGCGUCCCGAGCUGGACCUGGAGCCGGCCGAUUUGGAAUCGGCCAUGACCGAGAUUGACGAGCUCGUGUAUCCCAACAUCAACGAUGGCGUAUAUCGCUGUGGCUUUGCGGGCAGCCAGGAAGCCUACGAUACGGCCUGCACCAAGCUGUUUGACGCUUUGGACAAGGUCGAGGCGUUGUUGGGCAAGCAGCGCUAUCUCUGUGGCGACCGACUGACCCUUUCGGACAUUCGCUUGGUCACCACCUUGCUGCGCUUUGAUAUCGUAUACCAUACCCAUUUCAAGUGCAACAAGCGCCGCGUGGUGGACUACCCCAACCUGUGGGGCUACACGCGGGAGAUUUACCAGAUGGAGGGUGUCAGCGCGACGUUUAACCCGCUGGAGACCAAGAAGCACUACUUUGGUUCCCAUCGCAAGAUCAAUCCUCUGGGCAUUGUGGCCCAAGGGCCGGACAAUUACGAGGCGUUGCUCAGCGAGCCCCACGGCCGCGAUCGCGCCUACAAUUGAAAUCUCCGGGGAGGGCCAACUCCCGCUUGUAUACGAGUGUGUCCAUUUUUAAAU